AUGGAAGAGAUCCGUCAAUUGAAGGCAGACAAAACAAAAGAGAAAGGCAGCCAGCAUGACCCGGAUCAUGCGACAGACAAAAAGAAGACACUGGCAAGAGGUGUCCCACAGAACGUAGAACAACGUUUCAUUACCAUGGCUGAAGUAGCGGCUCUCUUGGAGCAAGAGAGAGCUAGAACACCAAAGGAGAGAUUUUACGCACGAAGACCUCCUUAUCCUCUAAAAGUACUCAGCAAACCAUACCCCGAGAGGUAUGAACCAAGGGCCUUUGCACAGUACAAUGGCAGGAAGGGAAAUGCAGUAGAGCACGUAAGCAAAUUUAUUGAUACCCUUGGCCCUUACGCAGCAGACGAAGACUUAUGUCUGCGGGAGUUUUCAAAGUCACUAUGCAACCGGGCAUACACCUGGUACAUUGGCUUAAAACCAGGAUCGAUCCCAACUUGGGAUGACAUGGUUGAUGUAUUUUGCACUAAGUACUUCCACGGAGAAGAAACGGUAACGCUCGCAACUCUGCAAGCGACCAAACAAAGGAAUGGAGAGGAUUUGAUGGAAUACAUCAAACGGUUCAGGGACAUAGCACUUGAUAGCUACGACCACUGUGAAGAGAGGAUGUUAGUGGAAAUGUGCAUGACCAAUAUGAUUCGAGAAUUCAGAGCUGUCCUGGAAAAUCUAGAAAUUUCCCAGUUCGCACAGCUAUUGCAGAAAGCUAGAAAGACGGCUCAGUCCGUAAAACCCAGUUCAGACAAGAGAAACGCCCCGCAGGCUAUGGCGGUGUCCACUGGAGAUCGGAGAAGGAAAAUAGAGGGGAGGGAGUAUGAUACGCCCCCACCCUUACCAUGUACUCCUAAGGAGCUGGAUGUGCUACUUGACAAAUGGAUAGUGGACGGGAUCUUUAAACCCAACCAGGUUUCUAGAGAGCCCACGGAGGAAGAAAGGAGGGAUCCUCGCUUCUGCCACUUGCACAACUAUGUACAACAUCCCACCGCAGAAUGCUGGGCACUUAGCAGAUUGGUGCAUCGUCGGAUUAAAGAAGGCACAUUGGAACUAACCCAGUAG